AUCCUUUCAUCUCAAACUCUUCGAUAUACCGUAUUUCUACUAAGAGCUAGGUCACAUAGACACGGUUGCAGUCUUUUCUGACUGUAAAUUGGCUGUAAUGGCUUCCAAUACACAAACUCUGCGUCUCAGGCGCCAAGACACGCCCAAAUCCGCACCUCAACCUGCUCGUCAUGCUGGUAUACUUCAAGAUCAGCUGCGCAGGUCCGCUCGGAGACCAUGGAACCCUAAUUUCUCUACUGCUAUUCGGAUAUUACUCCUUGUGCGUGUAGCUGGAGCUAUGUAUUCGAACAUUCAAGACUGUGAUGAAGUAUUCAACUUUUGGGAACCUUUACACUAUCUGGAUCGGGGAUACGGAUUUCAAACUUGGGAGGUUACACCUACGUACGCCAUCCGAAGCUGGGCUUACAUUCUACUACACUUGUUGCCUGCUCGGUUUGCUUUUGCAAUUGGACACGGAAAAAGGCCGGCAUUCUUCGCUAUCCGGAUACUCCUUGCUGUUAUGUCUGUGAUGUGCGAAGCCAAGUUACAUCGAACAGUUGUUGAGAAAAUCAAUGAAAGAGUUGGCCGCUAUUUAUUCUUCAUGCUUCUACUCAGCGCAGGGAUGUGGAAUGCUUCCGCGGCAUUUCUUCCAUCUUCUUUCGCGAUGUAUGCGAGUACUUUGGCGUUUUCAUACGCUGUAGAACCUGCCAGCAUUAAAAACAACCGAAGGACUCUAUUUGCGACUUUACUAUUCGCAACAGGAGCAAUUGUUGGUUGGCCUUUCGCACUCGCGCUUGCUAUUCCAUUUGUAUUUGAGGAACUAUUUAUAUACGGAGCGGACCGCGUGGAACCUAGUUCACGUAGUCCUUGGAUGGUCUCGCGUUGGGUGCGGUUACUCGCAGCUGGCUCAACAGCGGCCCUGAUUUUUGUACCGGUUAUAGCAUGUGACAGUGUUGCUUAUGGUCACUGGAGCAUUGUACCAUGGAACAUUAUACGUUACAACAUAUUCGGUGGCUCCGAAAGAGGACCUGACCUAUACGGGACCUCUCCUUGGUACUUUUACAUCUUUAAUCUCCUCCUGAACUUCAACGUCCUCGUGAUUUUGGCUUUAUCUUCUCUUCCGGCCCUCUAUAUAACGUCUAAAGUUGAUCGUCACCGUCUUGGUUUGAGGAAACCAGCACAAAAUCAAAGUUCACCUUUCACUUUACUUGCGCUACGUCUCGCUCCAAUGUACGUUUGGAUCGGUAUCUUGACUGCACAAGCCCACAAGGAAGAACGCUUUAUGUUUCCGGCAUACCCGAUGAUCUGUUUCAAUGCUGCAGUGGCACUUUAUUUAAUUCGCGGAUGGAUGGAAGUAGCUUAUGUUAAACUUACCAAGUCCCAAUACCAAGCAUCUAGAUCGAUCAUGUUCAGCAAUAUGACUUUAUCUGUUAUAGCAACCUCUGGACUCCUGUCCUUAUCUCGUCUCCUUGCUCUCUGGAACUAUUAUCAUGCAUCACUUUCUGUCUAUUACCGUUUCGAGGCUGCUGAACUUCCCCGCCUGCUCAACGAUACUGGCCUUAUUUCGUUGCCUCCUCCCAACACUGAAGAGAGCGAACAAUUUGUCGUUGACCUUUCCCCUGUGAAGGAACUUAACCUGUCACUAUGUAUCGGCAAGGAGUGGCAUCGGUUCCCUAGUCAUUAUCUCGUCCCAGAUGGCGUCCAAGUGUAUUUUGUGAAGAGCGAUUUCGAAGGUUUACUACCUGCUCAUUUCAAACCUAGUAGUAGGAUGGCUGAGAACUGGUGGGAUCGAAAGGGGAUGAGGAGUACUCCUACCGGAUUGAAUGAUCUUAAUAAGGAGGAAGUCAGUUAUUAUGCACCUAUAGAAACAUGCGACUAUCUCAUUGACCUGGACUAUCCUGAGCACCCAUCGUCCUCGACAUACGAGCCUCGGUAUGCCAUGGACGAAGGAACCUGGGAACGCGUUUCUUGCCUACCGUUCCUGGAUGCCGCAAAUUCCCCACUUCUCAGCAGGACCCUAUGGAUGCCUGGAGAGACAUGGCGUAAUUUGAAUCAGUAUGGGGACUAUUGUUUGUUAAAAAACAAAGCUCUUGUAGGAGCCAAAGAGGCUGCUCGUAAAGUGUAGAAUGAAUAGAAUGUAUGGGAGUAAUGAUACACCAAUAGAUAGCAUUUUGAAUCUUAUUUAUUCUCACUUUCA